GUCACAGUCGAGUCGAUUUGAGUGGAGAUCAACGAGACUGGCCCCCCGACUGAGCCGUCAGUCUCGCAACUCUUUGCCUCCUGACUACAUCCUCACCCAACACAACGCCUAGCCAUGGGAGCACUCCUCUCCAUCCCAUUCCUAUCGGGCUCACUGCUCUCAGGCCUGGCGACGUCAUGCUUGGGAGGGCUGGCCUUCUUUUGCACCUCGACGGCUGCCUCUGCCUUCUUCAAGUCGUGCAACUGCCAAUCGUCGAUUGCCACUCGCGUAGGUUUCGCCCUCAUCUUCUGCCUCGACGCAGCAUUAGCAUGGCUCAGCUUAAAUCGCUACAUCAUGGACAAGCUACAGUCGCUCACUUGGGGUUGGCUCAAGAUGGACUGCGAGACCGAUUCGAAGAGAUGCUAUGGUGUACUCGCCGUUCAUCGAAUCACUUUUGCACUCGCCCUCUUUCACCUCAUCCUCGCAGCCUUGCUCGCUGGUGUACGCGACACAAAAACGCCAAGAGCUAGCAUCCAAAAUGGCUGGUGGGGCCCUAAACUCCUCGCCUGGCUGCUCCUCGUCGUCCUCUGCUUCUUUAUCCCAAAUGCCUUUUUUGCAUUCUGGGCAAACUAUCCAGCCUUGCUCCUCGCAUCCAUCUUCAUCCUCGUCGGACUCGUCCUCCUCGUCGACUUUGCUCACUCUUGGAGCGAGACGUGCCUCGAUAGAUGGGAGGAGACCGACUCCAACUUUUGGAAGCUCACCCUCAUUGGCAGCACCGCAGCUGGUUACCUCGCCGUCGUCGUAGCUACCACGCUUCUCUACAUCUUCUUCACCGGCAGCGGCUGUGGCCUCAAUGCCUCGCUCAUCACCGUCAACUUGUUCUUCGUCAUCGGCCUCACCGCCCUUUGCAUCUCACCGGCGGUACAGGAAGCCAAUCCUCGUUCUGGCUUGGCUCAGGCUAGCAUGGUGGCCGCCUAUUGCACUUACCUCGUCGCCUCAGCCCUCAUGAACAGGGACGACGAGCAAUGCAAUCCCAUCACCCGUGGACGAGGUGGAGGGCCAGCAAAGACGACGACCGUUGUACUCGGAGCCCUCUUUACUUUCCUUGCCAUUGCCUAUUCCACUAGCAGAGCAGCCACGCAAUCGGGAAAGCUCGUUGGAAAGGGAGCCGGCAGGAAGACGGGUCCCAUUGCUCUGGGCGAUGUUGGCUCAGGGGCAGACGCCGAAGCUCAGACAUCAGCCACGUCAGGCAUCACAACGCAGCAGCCUACGCGCAAAGACUCGCUGCGCAUACAAGCCCUAAUGGCAGCCGUAGAGGCCGGAGCAAUCCCCGCAUCUGCCCUCGACGACGAAGAUGAUGAUGAUGACGACGAUGACGCAGCAGCAGCCGCACCUCAAGAUGACGAGCGCAACGGAACCGCCUACAACUACUCGCUCUUCCACAUCGUAUUCCUUCUCGCUGCAUGCUAUACUGCCAUGCUCCUCACAGACUGGCGUUUCGUCCGCCUUGAGGACGCGCAUAUCCCAGACGAUGAUGGCGGGGCAGGCGCGCCCGUCGUCUUCAUCGGCAGGAGCGCUACAGCAAUGUGGAUGAGGAUCGUCUCCAGCUGGCUCUGUGUCGCCAUCUACGCUUGGAGCUUAGUUGCGCCAGUUGUCAUGCCGGAUCGAUUCGGUCUCGAUUAGCGGAUGCAACUGACCACUGGUAUCAUAGCAUU